AUGGAACAAAUAACACCCUUCGACACCAGUAGAUACAGUGCAGAACGCGCAGCCAUUGCAGCCCGACGCGUUUUCUUGUUCUCCGGCAAGUGGCCUCACGAGCUCGUCAAAGACCAUUCACCACACAUCUGGAACGUCAAGUUAUCCGAAGAGUUCGCCACACUUGUGCGUCUCUCGGUUGAGUCGCACAAGGUUGAGCUUGGAAAUGUAUUGCAGAGAUUGAAGGAAAUCACCCUUAAACACCCCAAUGAAGAACCCAAGUGCUUGAAUCGAGAUGAUAUCUCCCAGGUUCGAGCUUGGCUGCGCACAGAGGGAGUUGAUUCGCAUCCACGGUUCCCUCGGAGAUCUGCUGGUGGAGAGGAUGGAAAUGACGCCAAUAGAGUACCAUCAGGGGCCGCCUCGGCGAUUCGCGCGGGAACUGCUGCAUUCAGCGAUAUCACCAGUGACAGCAGUCUAGACUUCAAUUAUUAUAGUUCAGACGAUGAAGAAGCUAACGAGUCAUCAACCAUCCAAAUCAAAUCCGAAGACGAUGCGCCUUUCGCACCAAGACCCAAUCCCGUCACCAGGCCCUUUUCUUCAAACCCAUCAUCUAGUAGGGCGAGCGAACCUGGCCCUUCCGCCUCGCAACCUCCCUCUAGACCGAAUGCUCGAACCGGAACGACACCGUCUAACAACACUGCUCCAUCAACCCCACUUCGAGUCAGUGACAGCGUAAAUGCCCACUUUCAAGAAAGCCUUCGAAGAGCAGCCAUGACCAACAGCGCCUCUCGGCCAAGGCCUCAAGCCAGUCCCUCAAGAUCAGUUGCAAGGCCAAACAACACUAGUCAGGCUGGGCCUUCUACUACACCCUCACGCUUAAUGCUCAAGCCUCAAAUAACCCCGUUCCUAGAGCUCUAA